AUGUUUCUUUUUUCUUUCUCUCUUUCUUUUUCCAUUUUACUUUCUAAAAUUAUCUUUCCUGACAUUUUUUCGAAUUCAGUUAGUAAAAUUAUCUUUCUUUCUUUUCCGACAUCACUUUCCAAAAUUGUCUUUCUUUCUUUUUUCUUUCUUUCUUUUUCCAUUUUAGUUUCUCAAAUUAUCUUUCUUUCUUUUUCGACUUCAUUUUCUAAAAUUAACUUUCUUUCUUUCUUUCUUUCUUUCUUUCUUUCUUUCUUUCUUUCUUUCUUUCUUUUUUUCGUGCUUUCUUUCUUUCUUUUUCGAAUUGUGUUUAUUUCUUUCUUUCCGUUUUUUUUUUCGACAACAGUUCUAAAAUUUUCUUUCAUUCUUUCUUUUUACUCUCAAGUUUGUAAAAUUAUCUUUCUUUCUUUCUUUCUUUCUUUCUUUCUUUCUUUCUUACUGUUUCGACUGCAUUAUCUUUCUCUCUUUCUUUCUUUUUCGAUUUCAGUUUUUAAAAUUAUCUUUCUUUCUUUCUUUCUUCUUUUUUUUCUUUUUCGACUUUUGUUUCUAAAAUUAUCUUUCUUUUUUCGACAUCAGUUUGUAAAAUUGUCUUUCUUUCUUUCUUUUUUGACUUUAUUUCUAAAAGUAUCUUUCUUUAUUUCUUUUUUUUCGUCUUCCGUUUGUAAAAUUAUCUUUCUUUCUAUUUUGACUUCAGUUUCUAAAAUUCUUUCUUCCAUUCUUUCUUUCUUCCUUCCUUUCUUUCUUUUUCGACUUCAAUUUCUAAAAUUAUGUUUCUUUCUUCUUUGGCUUCAUUUCACAAAUUAUCUUUCUUUCUUCCUUUUUCGACAUCAGUUUCUAAAAUUGACUUUCUUUCUUUUUCUACUUCAUUUCAAAAAUUAUCUUUCUUUCUUUCUCAUUCGACUUCAAUUUCUAAAAUUAUCUUUCUUUCUUUCUUAUUUGACUUCAAUUUCUCAAAUUAUCUUUCUUCCUUUUUUUCUUUUUCGACAUCAGUUUGUAAAAUUAUCUUUCUUUUUUGACUUCAUUUCUAAAGUUAUCUUUCUUCCUUUCUUUCUUUCUUUUUCGGCUUCAGUUUGUAAAAUUAUCUUUCUUUCUUUCUUUCUUUUUCGACUUCAGUUUCUAAAAUUGUCUCUCUUUCUUUCUUUCUUUCUUUUUCUUACUGAAAUUAUCUUUCUUUCUUUAUCUACUUCGUUUCCUAAAAUUAUCUUUCUUUCUUUCACUUUUUCGACUUCACUUUUUUCAAAAAUUUUCUUUUUUUCUUUUUUCUUUAUUUCUUGUUCGACUUCAGUUUCUAAAAUUAUUUUUCUUUCUUACUUUUUCCCCUUCAUUUCUAAAAUUAUCUUUCCUUUUUUUCUUAUUUCGCUUCAAUUUCUCAAAUUAUCUUUCUUUCUUCCUUUCUUUUUUUCCUUUUUCGACUUCAAUUCUAAAAUUAUCUUCCUUCCCUUCUUUCUUUCUUUCUUUCUUUCUUUCUUUCUUUCACUUUUUGGCUUCAUUUCUAAAAUUUUCUUUCUUUCUUUUUCGACUUCAGUUUUUAAAAUGAUCUUCCUUUUUCAACUUCAUAUCUUUCCUUCACUUUUUCGACUUAAGUUUCUAAAAUUAUUUUUCUUUCUUUCUUUCUUUCUUUCUUUCUUUCUUUCUUUUCUUUCUUUCUUUCUUUUUUGA